AUGUCUGAAAAAAGUUUAUCUAUUAGUGAUAUGGCAAAACUUGAAAAUCAUUCAUCUUUUCAUACUUAUGUUGUCUCUCCAGUUCAAGCUUUCUUUCAUAAUUCAUGCACUACAUCUUCACUGGUUAAUAAUUUUGAUAAAUUACCCUCUUCUUUAGAAAUCACUGGUAAAUCCUCAAAUCAAAACAGGCUUGAUAUUCCAAUUCCUUCAAUCCCAACCCUUUCAAUUCCUAAUGUUCCAUCUAGUAUAGAACUAGCUGUUUUAGCCAUUAGUAGUGCUAUCACCGAUGCUGCAAAUACUGCUGCAAAUACUGCCAGGGAUAUUGCUGCGGCUUUUUCACAAUUCCUUAUUUAA